ACUAUCUGGUAACACCUCCAAGACCCAAAACUGGAUUUAUAUUGUUUUAGAAAAGUUUUUUGAGAGUCCUUCGCUUCAAAUAUUUCAAAAUGGACUGGUACGUGGGCACGGAAUGGGAAGACAAAAGUAGAGGUCUGGCUAAGAGGGUAAUUUCCCUCCAGUUUACUGAAAUGGAAAAGCCCACGACUAACAGUACGGUGGAAUUCAGUGUCAGCAAGAAGAGCGCCAAUUUAGGAGAACGACCUAGCAAGUACUUGGUCAGCGAUGAGUCAACGACGUAUCCGCAAAAGCACACCCUGGAAAUGGGAUCCAGCCUGACAGCAGUGGACUGCUACCUAGAGCUUCUGCUGCAGCAAUUUGUACCCGGCGAAACAUCAGCCUGCAGCAUCACGAGCAAGACAGGCGAACACAUAGAAUUUGAGCUUAAGCUGGAGAGGAUUGUGAAGAAUACGCAGGUGGAAAAGCUAGAUGCAGCCGGUAUCUUUGAGGUGGCACUGCGUCUCAAGGAGAGCGGCGUAGCUACCUUCAAAACUUUCCCAAAAUUUGCCUUUGAUUACUUUGCGAGGGCCGCAAAGUUGUUGAUCACCUACAAACCCUUCGACCAACUGACGAAGAAGGAGAAUGGAAUCAGUGGUCAGGAGGUCGAAACGCUCUUUAUCCAAAUACAGACCAAUUUGGCAGCUUGUUUGCUUCAGGAAAAGCGAUACGAGCAUGUGAUCUACCAUACCCAAUUCGUGGAGAUGGAGAAAAGUCCCAGCGAGAAGAGCAUCUACCGCCGGGCACUAGCAUACUAUCAUAUGAAGGAGUUCGCUAAGGCGCAGGCCACCAUCGAACGGUUGCCAAACUACGAGGAGAAGCGCGAAUUCAGCAAGUUACGCGACAACAUAGCAACAAGCUGGAAAGAUAGUAACGCCCAUUAUAAAGAAGUGGUACAACGCAUGUUUAGCUAGUUCCCAUUGAUAACAAUUCGAAGUCAGGCUAACCAACGGUCUUUAUAAAAUAGCUUAUGUUUAAUAUACUACUUUGAUUUCCUA